UUCCUCUCAGUCUAGUUCCGAUUUCGCAGCGAUUAGGACGCUCGCCAGCACACACAGCAAAAGUGGUUCAUCGCGACGCCCCAGUCUUUAGGCACGCUUAAGAUCGCGGUUUCACCGUUCGGUGCUAAUUGUUCGCGAGUGACGGAGACGACGCGUGACUCGCAGAAUUUAAUUAAACGCGUUGUUUACAGCUGACUAAAUCGAUGGGACGAUAUAACCCGUCAGCAAGUGAUUAAUCGUUGACAAUCCUCUGCGGUGAUCUUUAGCAAAUAUUUUGCAUUAACCUGCCGUGUACAUGGCCUGAAAUAUAAACUUACUGCCGAGACCCCCUGGAAAUAAUAUGCGAGAAAACAUUUCGCGCGUUGCAACGAUGUUGUGGAAACGAGCAACAGUUUUACUGCUGGCAUCGACGAUAUUGAUAGCUAUUCCCACGGUUUCCGCCAAUCAACUCAGAUCAGCACCACGAUUAAAAUGCCUAAGUCAAAGCCGUGAAAAGAUUCAAGACAACAUCACCCUUCACCACAGGUUAACGGCACUACGCAAUGAAAUGCGCACCCGAUCGUCAACUCAAACGACCGAAGUUGAUGCCUACGUUAUAACCUACUACGACGAUCAUAUGUCCGACCAGCUGAUGGAAUCCGACAAACGGUUGAAUUUCGUGACCGGUUUCUCUGGACCAGGGAUGGCCGUAAUCACCCUCAGAUCUGCAGCAUUGUGGAUCGAUAAAUGGCAGCACGAGCAAGCUGAACAAGAGUUGAACUGUAAUUGGAAGGUUUUCCUCAAUGACGAGCAUGCCACCAUCAGGGAAUGGAUCGCGAACGAACUUUCGCCAGAGUCCCGGGUUGGUGCCGACCCGCAUGUUAUACCCCACGGCAUGUGGCACAGUCUGGAACGUCAACUUGGUUUACACAAUAUCAAACUCAUCCGAGUGCCACGCAAUCUUGUCGACCUGGUUUGGGGCUCUCUGAGACCCGCCCCGAAAUCCAACUCCAUAAAAGUGCACCCGGUUCGUUUCGCUGGUGAACGCUGGGAUAGCAAGGUGGCCAAACUACGCUCGAACCUAACAGCACACCGCUGUGAUGCCAUGAUCGUUACUUCGCUUACCGAAGUGGCCUAUAUUCUAAAUUUACGAGGUAGUGACAUACCGUACACACCGGUGUUCAAAGCUUAUCUGAUCGUCAGCAAUCGAGAGAUCAUUUUGUACAUUAAUCGAACUCACUUAAACACCGGAUUGAUGAACCAUUUGAAGUCUCAUAACUGUCACAAUGAGUAUUGCGUCCAAGUAAAAGACUACCAAGACGUGUGGCGAGAUCUCCGCACAUUGUCCCAACACUGGAAGCGAGUUCUUGUUCCGUCUGCUGACGUUUUCGAAAUGGGUGCUUCGGAAGCAAUUUAUUCCGCUACUCCUCGAGAGUUGAUUUUGAACAAACCAUCUCCGAUCAUUCUUCUUCGUGCACAAAAGAAUGAAAUAGAGAGACAAGGUAUGAUGAGAGCUCACAUCCGAGAUGCUGUUGCAAUCUGUGAGGCGCUGAGUCACCUGGAGAAACGGUUUAUCGCCGGAGACGACUUCACGGAACGGUCGCUAGCACGAGAAAUCGAUCGAAGUCGAAAGAUUCAAGAUUUAUCGGAGGGAGCCUCAUUCAAAACGGUUGUCGCAUUCGGUCCAAAUUCAGGCGAUCCGUACUAUACCAUCAACAAUCAGACAGAGCACGAAAUUACGGAGGACAACGUGCUGAUCAUCGACUCUGGUGGCCAGUAUCACGACGGAACCACGGACGUGGCUAGAACUAUUCACCUGGGCGACCCGAAACCAAGCCACAUACAAGCGUACACCAAUGUACUGAUUGGACUUAUCCGAAUGUCCAUGACGAGCUUCCCGGAAAAUUUGAAGCCUGCCGAACUUGAUGCUCUGGCAAGAGGACCUGUCCAAGCGAACAAGUAUUCGUUCCCGUAUGGUUCAGGUCACAGCAUUGGAUCGUAUCUUUCUGUUCGAGAACCUCCAAUUAGCUCCUCACACACAGCAAAGCAGCGACAUAACUUUAGGGAAGGUUAUUUCUUUGCUUACGAUCCCGGUUACUACAUUCCGUCCGAUUUUGGAAUCAGAUUGGAAAACGUACUUGAAGUGAUUGAUACGGGGACGGUUCUUCCUUCCGGGCAUAAGUUUUUCUCCUUCCAAGAUGUUACCUUGGUACCAUUUGAACCCAAACUGAUUGAUAACGAAAUGUUGAGUACGACAGAGGUCAAGUGGAUCAACGAUUACAACGCCAGGAUUCGGCAAUUGGUAGGUGACGAGCUGAAGCGGAAACAGAAAAUGGAUGCUUUCUACUGGAUGAUGAACAAAACAAGAAACAUUCCCGAUCCACUGCAUUCAGGAACCGACGCUAGAAGUUGUCGAUCGCUGAUCUUAGUAUUGUCUGUAACGGUAGCGAACUCUCUGCACCGUUUACUACCAGCUACGAAUGCCUUCUACUAGCCUCUCCGUCUGACUCUGGACACUUCUCUUUUUCCCCCAAUCAGCUUUCGGAAUUCGAAUAAAAGUUGCCUAUCUGUCUACAAGUAGGUUAGAGAUACAUAGUUGAAAUGCAGCCUGUUAACGUAAUUAUUUAUCACAUGUAUGUAUGUUGAUUUCCCUAGGACACAGGGAAAAGUGAUAUUUUUAAAGUGUAACUUAUUGGAGAUUAAUUAAAUACUAGUCGAUGCUCGA